AUGGGUGGCGACGACCCAGUGGGGAUCCUGCAAGAGAACGUGGCAGCGGAGCAAGGCGCGGAAGAAGAUGAGGAGCACCCGGGGCUGCAGGUCGAAGAGGCCGAUGAAGGAAAGGACGGCGACGACCAGGCAGCGGGAACGGGUGAGGCUGAACCCGCGCAGGCAGACGAGAGCGCUGGCGCGAGCCAAGCGGCAGCCGAAGAAUCGAGGGCCGCGCUGAGGGAAGCGCGCGACCGAGACGUCAGCCGUGGGGAAGAGCAGCGAGCGGAGGGCUCACUGCGCCAGGAGCGAGUGACGCCAGACGACGGCGUUCGAGCUGCACUGGCGCAGAGGCUGCAUGGCAAGGGGAAGGCAGAGCGGUCGUGCAUGCUGGAGAAGGAUCCGCACCAUGGAGAAUGGCGCGUAGGCGACUUCCGCCGUAUGGUAGGCGACAGGAGCAGGUCGGCUCGAGCGGCGGCGGUGUGCGUUCGCCAGAACUGCAGCGAGCGCGCAGUGGCAGAAAGAAGGAUGAGUCGCGCUCACCGGAGCCGCACGGGCGCCGCGGUGGCAGGAAGGAAGGCACGGGGAGGAGCGGGGGUCACAGGAGCGCCGCGGUCAGCAGCACGGGGAACACAGUGGCAUGGGGCGCUCGCCGGCUCCACCAGCAGCGCAGCAGGAGGGAAGGCACCUGGUCACCGUCACCAGAGAGGCAGCAGCAGCGCGGCAUCAGGAGGUGGGAAGGGCGGAGGACGCACGACCCGCCCACGCAGCAAUGGGGACGGGCGGAAGAGUGGGCAGGGCCGAGGGAAAGGCACCGCGGGGCGGAAGGGAGCCGCUAAGAGAGCAGGGCGAAGGGCGUAA